UCCGCCAUUUUGGCUCCGCACAAACCAUUUGGCGCCGAAUGCCGACAUCUUCAACUCCAACUCUUGAGUUCAUCUCCAAAGACGCUGCGUCGUGUGGGCAAACACUGAUUACCUUCGCACUAAAAUGAGUGAUUCUGAAGCAGGUGGAGGCCUGGUCCAGGAGCCGCUGAAGAACAAACUAAGAAGGCUGCAACAAGCCAAGUGCAUCAUGGACGACGACAUUGUCUCCAACAACGCAGUCACCCAGUCUCUGCAGAAGGAGUUGGGCAGAUUGCAAACUGAGUCUUACCAACUUGAAAGAAGUCACCAAGAAAAACAAGAGUUGUGCCAGAAGCUGCAGUUCCAGUGCAAAGAAUCUGAGAGGGAGUCUGUCAGACUUGCCGAGGAGAUCAAGAAACGUGAAGAGCUUCUGGCCCAGCUCAGAUGUGAAAUCCAGGAUCUCAAGCUCAGGCAGCGGAAGCAACGGAUGGAAUUUGAGAAUCAUCUUCAUCAGCUGAUGGAGCAGCACAAAAAGCUGUACUUCGUCAUUAAAGACUCGCAGCCCAAAGAGUGAGUGCAGAGGUGUGCAGUACGUACGCUACACUUCAUUACUACUGCUUUUCUUCGUCAUCCUUGCUCAUUUAUUGAACAAUAAUGCCUUGCUUUUCCUCACAAGGUUACGUUGACAGCUUUUGUGUUAAUGAAAUUUGUGAAACAGCAGUAAGGGAACAAUUAAUAUUGUCCUUGUUUGAGUUGUCAACUACUAAGGGCAUGGUAAAAUGUUUAAUAAAGUACUAAGUGUGUGUACUUGAUGCACAACUAAAUAUCUUGUAUCUCCACUCCAGACCACUAAUGUAGUGUUUGGUAAUAAUCAAAUAUUUUUUUACAAUCCAAGAGAGACCAGACAAUAAACCGGACAACCACUUAAUCUUUGGUUUAAUUACACAAUCCAACAGAGUGGAGGCGUCCAGGAGUUAGUCAUGUCCUACAGAACCACCUCACUCCUUUCCAAAGGAGCCAGGUGGUUCAUGUUUUCCCCACCAAACAUGUUUAUUUACAUUAAAUAAGCAGCCAAAUAGACACAUACACUUCUCAUUCCCGUCUAACCUGUCAGACUCCAUCAUUACAUCGACUUUCAUGAGACGACUUUUAGGGUGCAGUCACACCUGCCAUUUGCUGCUCUAUUCCAGACCACUAUGUAUAUAUAUAUAUAUAUAUAUAUACCGUAUUUCCUUGAAUUGCCGCCGGGUAUAUAGUAUGCGCCUGCCUAGAAUUACUGCCGGGUCAAACUCAUUUGGCAAAAUAGUUAGCGCAUGCUUAGCAUUACCGCCGGCUCAGGAUUAACGCCGGGUCAAACUCGUUUCGCAAAAUAUUAUUUUUAUUAGCACGUGUAGAAUUUCCACCGGGUCAAACUCGUUACCUGUCAUCAUUUUCAAAAUGGAGGAGGCUGAUUUCAAUCAUUUGAAAUCGCAUAAAGGGAAGAAGCUUAAGAGCUAUUCAGUAGGAUUUAAGGUCCAAGCUAUUGAAUAUGCUAAAAAGAACAGUAAGCAGCUAUGUUUUAUUAAUAUACCGUAGCUGCGUGUGUCAAAUAUGAGUCAUUAAAUGACUCCCGCCUCCUGGUGGUAGAGGGCGCUAGUGAUCCUUCUUGCGACUACUCGGCUGCAGAAGAAGUGACAACAAGCAGCAAGAGUGAGCAGCAAUGGUUUAUUUUUUCAUCUCGCUUGCACUUUUAACAUGGAGGAUUACAUAUCUAAAAUAAAACAGUUUUCUAAACUGGACUUUCAAUGGAAGCAGGAGACAAUAAAGGGAGAUCUCCAUCGAGACAGAGAGACUUUUAAAACUGAAGAAAGAUAAGGAAGACUUCUAUAAACAAGUUAUCGAUGCUUUUGAUCAGAAGGAGCUGCGCAUGGACUUCAUUUAUAAGUAAAGGUAAGACCAUAAUAACGUUUUUUUAAUUAAAUGUGCUUUUCAUGAUGGUAUCCUUACAUCACACUCAAAUUUAUAAGCACAGGCCUAAAUUUACCGCAUGCCUUUGGUAAACGCCGAAAUGAGAAGAGGUUUUAAAAUAACUAGCGCCCCGGCGGCAAUUCAAGUAAAUGCUGUAUAUUAAAAUAUAUAUAUAUAUAUAUAUAUGUGUGUGUGUGUGUAAGUAUGGCUGUGAAUCUUUGGGCACCACACGAUUAAUUUGAUUCUCGGGAGUAACGAUUCAGAAUAAAUUCUCGAUUCAGAAUCGAUACUUUUUUAGUAACAAUGGGUGACAGUUCUAUUAUUAACUACAUUCCUCCACAAAACAGCUACGAUACAUUUCUAUAUUACUUCAAAUAAAAACUGGUUUUGUUUUAUCAAAUUGUACCCAAAUAUUUAAUAGAGUCCAAUACAAAGAAGUAUCCAACACUUGUCUUUUCUUAAGUAAGUCUGUACAGCAGAUUUACCGUAUUUUUAGAACUAUAAGUCGCAGAUUUUUUUCAUAGUUUGGCCAGGGGUGCGACUUAUACUCUCGUGCGACUUAUGUAUGUUUUUUCCCUUCUGUAUUAUGCCUUUUUGGCAGGUGUGACUUAUACUCCGCAAAAUACGAUAGAUCACCUACAUCAACAAUAGGAUUUGUCUGAGUGGCUGGGCAGCAGAUUCAAAAAAGAAAAAAAAAAAUUCAUCAGUAUUUGAUUUGAUUUUUUUUUAAUCGAUUAGGAAUCGUUACAAGUAAGAA